CAUAAUUAUCAUCGCGAUCUAGCAAAGCAUCUACCCCUCUCAAAUCUGCCAGAAUUCCUUCAGAGGUGUACUCAUGGGGCCACCAGGCAAACCACCCACCCGGACUGCCUCGGUGGACUUCAUCGACCACCACCUCCCUCAAAUCAACCCAGUCUUCGAGCAUCCCGGCAUCAAAUACAACUGCAACGAGGGACAAUAUGUCCCCCCAACCAUCCUAUCAACCAGUCCAACCGAGGACUAUCUCAUCCCACCGCGCCCGGCUCUCCCUCCAGUCGAUGCAAUGAAAUUCUGGUCGGACAUCUUCCCCGACUGCAUGAUCGAGUUGAAGAAACGCCCUGAGCCUGAACCUCUCACCCUCAAGGGCUGCAGUAUCCGAAAUCAAUCGGACUGGGAGGGAGUUAGGAAGGAACUAGACAAGGCUCAAAGCUGCUACGACGUGCCGAAGCGGACCACCGCCAGGGGACUGUUCAGGAAGGUCUAUCGCAAAGCAGCCGACCACAUCGAGCAGGCCAAGAUGGUCAGUAAGCUGCUGGCACAGGUGGAAUACAUCUCCCCGUUCAUCGCGACCAUUGAUCUUCUUCUCGAUGCCGCCGCGAUGGCCUCGACAGUCCGAGGCAAAGUGUCCAGCGCUUUCGAGCCCGAGGCGCUCAAAGAGGACUUCGAGAGUAUCGAAUUCCUCAUGGCCACGUUUCCGCGGGACCGAACCAUCCGGAAGACCUCCGUGGCAUUGGUCGUGGCGAUCUUCCAGGCGAUCGAAAAUGCGAUCGUGUUCUUCGUGAGCCACGAAUUCUCGCGCACCUGGCACAGCGUGACCCAGGGUAGCGAAUACCAGGGGAAGCUUCUAAGCAGCAUCGACGUGAUCCAGAAGUAUAGCUCGAAGCUGGCGAUUCAAGCGCGGAAAGCCGAGAUGCACAGCACGCGUGUGGCACUAGAGGACUUGAUCCGGGGCAAGGAGGUCACGACCGCGGUGACGCUCGCCAAUUCGGAGAAAUUGGAUGAGGCGCGGAAGGACCGACAGCGACUGGCGGACGAGCAGAUGACUCGGAUGCUGAAUCACCUGAAUGGAUUGUUUCAGGUGGCCGAAGAGCGCGAGAAGCAAUGGGAAGAGCGCGAGAGACAGAGGGAGGAGCGCGAGAGACGCCGAGAGGAGAUGGCGAGACGACAAUCUGACGAGACAAAUCACCUGCUCGAGCAUCUCUGGGAUGAGUUGAGGAAGCGCAACACCCCGAGUCCACAGCCUCUGGCGCAGCCCGUCGCCUGUUCGCCUUGGAUGCCACCAGCCCCUCAAGUGCCCUUCUACGCCCCCCUCCUUGCGUGGCCUCAAUAUCCCCACAGCACCGGGCUUUCAGUGCCGCAGACCAUAGCCCCCUCCGCACGCGCCACUCCCAUCCCACCCCCCGACCCCAUCACCGUGGCCGAGCUCCUGUCCAUCCUCCACGUCACGGUCUCCGAAGCCCAGGACGUAGCGCGCAUCCUCUCCCAUCGCGCGCGGAUUGCACCUGCCGCGCGGCGACGGGCCGAAUCGGCGCUCGCAACGGGCGAGUUCCGCCGAUGGCUUACCUACCCUUCCUCUCGCGAGCUACUGAUUGAGGGGGAUGCCGAGUCCGACGGACAUGAGGUCUCCGCCGUCUCGCUGCUAUCCGCAUUGAUCUACGCAGCGCUGGAGCAUCAUGCGAAUCGCGUGCGCUUAGCCUGGUUCUGCUCUCUCCAUGACGAGAAUGCGCAACACAAAGACAGUAUAGGGGGACAAGGGAUGGUGCGGGCGUUUCUCGCCCAGCUGUUGCGACAGCACGAGUUUGACCAAAACACCCUUCAAGAAAAUCACAGCUACCUCCAAGCACAAAGGGAUCUGAGCAUUGAGGGACUCUGUAAGCUACUGGCUUGGCUGAUUCGAAAACUGCCGAAGGGUCUCAAAGUGAUUGUGCUUAUGGAUGAGAUCGGGUGCUAUGAGACGGACGGGUACGAGAAGGACAUGCUUCGCGUUCUGCGGACCCUGCUGCGUUUGUCUCGAGAUCCAGCCGUAGCCUGUCAGGUGAAAGUGCUGGCGACGAGCGCGGUGGUGACGGACAGCUUCCAUAAUGCGUUCCAGGACGAAGAUGACUGUCUGCUGCACUUUGAUGCAUUGGAGGAGACGGAUGAUAUUGGAGAGAUGGAGCUGAACACGGAGUUGGUGCGUGGGGAUGAUACCAGUGACGAGGAGGAUUGGCAGUCCUGAGGUGUAGAAUCCGAUGUCAUAGUAAUCCUAUCUUCUGAUAGCCUGCAUCAUUUCCGACGAGUAGCUACGUUACGGGUUGCGG